CGAUAACUACUCAAAUUGCAGCUCUCAAAUAGUCAAGUGGAAAGUGAAUUCCUAAACAUAAGUGGUUGGAAAUUAGCAAAUAAAAAAAUAUUAGUUUUUUGUGAAAAAACUAAUAUAAAUAUUUAGACGCGCUUUGCAAUAAAUAAGCGUGACAAAAAUUAAUUAAAUUGUGCUAAAACUUCGGUACUAUUUACAGCAAAAUUUAGUUGCAUAGUUUCGAAGUGACCACGUCACAACGUUUAAUUUGUGAAACCUGAUUAGCCACCAGCAUACAACAUGAGUUCGAAAGUAACUUUCAAAAUUACAUUAACAUCGGAUCCUAAAUUGCCAUUCAAAGUGCUCAGCGUACCAGAGGGCACACCAUUCACAGCUGUGCUGAAAUUCGCGGCGGAAGAAUUCAAGGUGCCAGCAGCAACCAGCGCUAUAAUAACAGAUGAUGGCAUUGGUAUUAGCCCACAACAGACAGCAGGGAAUGUAUUCUUGAAACAUGGUUCGGAGCUGCGACUGAUACCUAGAGAUCGUGUCGGAGGCGCACAAUAAAUGUGUUUGGCUAAAAUAGUUGCUAUUUUUAAUUAUGUUAGCUUAACAGUAAUGACACGAUAUUUUUUGUACAAUAACCAGCCAAUAUAGCGUUUAACAAACCGUAUUAAAAUUUUUGUGAAAUAUUUUUUUUUGGAAUUAAUGAGAUUUGUGUAAAACAUAACAUAUUAGUAGCUUUAAUUUGCAGUAAUAACAUAUUGGUCAUGAGUUAUAUGCCAAUAAUAUGCACACAAGCGCAGAAAUGUAAUAUUUUGUAAUAAUUUAAAAUUAAAUAUGCACUUACCUCAUCAAUAUGUGUUUGCCAUGCCAACGGUAGCUCUGUGUAACGAUCCUUAGGCAGUAAUACUUUGUUGUUUUCGAAAUAAAUAAGUUUGUGUUGAACUGGUGGCGCACGUUUGUAUUCGAAGUAGUACUGAAAUGAUAAACGCAAAGUGAAUACUUAAUAACAGGAAUAUUUUCUAUAUAAGCAGUAACUAACCUUCACGGGAUUGUAAUAAUCUGCGCUUUUCAAGCAUUUUACUUGAGCCCAUAUACGUCUAUACGACUUGCCGUAGACGGUAUCCUUUGCCAAACGUUGCACGACCACCUUUAACUCCGAGGUUUUCUUCGAUAUUUCCUCACCUGUUUCGCGUAUUUUACGUAUAUGCCGUUCCAGACCCAUUGCAAUCAGUUGCAUUUCGGCAGGUGCAAACGCUUCGUACUUGCUACGCCUUGAUAUGAACGGUAUGCGCGGCAAAUAUUCGGGAUACAUGAAAACUUCGCUAUUCAAUACGAAUUCCAUAAUGCGUGGCGGAAAACGUGGCACUUGGCGACAAUUGCUUUUGCUGUAACGGUCCAGAUAGCAUUAUUACAAAAAGUUAAAUAUUCAGUAUUAACCAACAACACUUACGUGCUACUAAUUUCGUGGUGUAUGAAUCUGUAAAGGAUGGACUAAAUUAUUGAAACACUUUUGAUAUUAUUGCAUAUUACUCACUUCAUCAUUUCUUUGUUUUCCGGUGUAUCCUUAUUUAAAUCUUCUUCCCAUUGUUGUAUAAGGCUCACUGCUGACUUGAGAUUCCACGCUCUAAACGAUGCAUCGUCCUGUGCUCUCUUUUCGAUUUCCAACAGCAUAUCUUUCGCUUUAAACGACAGCUUCCAAUAGAUCGGAUGUGAGUAGCUUUGUAUAAAUGUUUGUGUUAGCAUUUGUACGUGUAUACGUAGCUGUUGUUGUAAUAUAUCAUGUUGUUGUUUUGUAAAGCCUAUUGCUUCGUUUGGUAACUCGGAGAUUUGUGACACAUCAUGCGUUAUGUUGCGUACACUUUCAAAUCGCUUUAAGUAUUCAGUAUACACAUGUUUUCGAAUGGAAAUAUAUUCAUAUGUAAAAUUCGUGUCGUAUGGUACACUAUAACGUGGAUCUUCUGUGGCUUUCGGGGUAGCAGACUGUUCAGCUGGACGUGCUGGCAUCAAUCGCUGUGGCUGUAUUCUCACCAGUGGUGGUGGUCCAAAGGCAUUAGCAUUGGGUACAACGCGUGCCAAUUGAUAGGAGUUACUUUGGCCGGGUAUUUUAACAGCUAUCCACUCAGGUUCCGACGAAAAAUUGGACGCGGGUAGUGUUACAACUUGACUACCACCUUGUUCGGGACUGUUUGUAUAUGCCACCGGCGCUUGUAGUUGCGUUGAUGGUGUGGACACAACAUGCGGAUUGAAUGUGUAAUCAUUGACAGUGACGUUGGGUCUAUUAUUAAUGGGCACUAAAGGUGGUACAUCAGCAACAUAAUUCGUCGGUGGCGCUUGCGUAUUAUAGGCACGUGUUGUUGGUGUGUUAAAAUUUAGCGCUCUUACUACAUGGUCACGUGCAUCAUUAACAGGAAUGGCAGGUGUAUUCAGCCUCUCAGUGGGCGGACUAUUGUUAUUGUCUGCAGUAAUGCUUGUUUCGCCGUAGUUAUGUAAUAAAAACUUUUCAGGUGUAUUCAAUUCAAUGCUUUCAAGUGAAACACCUUCAUUGACUAGACCUUCGAAGAGUUCAGCCACGAGAUCAGUUAGUUCUUUUCUGGGUAUAUUGAUGUCACGCAACUCUUCGGCAUCCUCUGCAAUAAAUUAUGAUUCAAUUAAUCAAUUCAAAACAGAAACAAUUUUAAUUGUCAAACCAAAUAUCUUCUCGGCUGCAACAUACUCGGGAUCAUUAAUGGGAUCAUCUUCAUCUGCUACAAAACUGGUGUCUGUAAUUAAAUUUGAAAAAAUAUUUAAACUAAUUCACUAUUUCACUUUUUUAAUGAUAUGUUACUUAAUGGUUUUGAAAAAUCGUUUAAAAAUUGCAUCCAAUCCUCAUCGUUCGCAGUCAUAUCAAAGUCUUGCAAAUCAAUUUGUUCCACAUCAGGCGGCACAAACUCAGACUCUAAAUCUUCGAUAGCUCUUUGCUCCAAACAUAAUUUUGAACGCGUACGCGCCGCAAUACGCACAUCUUCGCGCGCACUUUUAUGUUUUUCCAAUGGUAUUUUGAAACAGCCAUCGUCGGUUAGCUUUACGGGCGAGUCUUCGGUUUCUGUCUGAGAAUAAGGUGUUUGUGGUGUGCGCGGAUUAGAAUCCAAAUCGGAAGCUGUGGUAUUUGGAUCAUCAUCGGA